CCUCUUCCAGGGAUGCCCGGAACCCCCGGGACCCCGGCUUUCCCAGCGCCUGGGGUCAAGCCCUCCGGCCGCGGCCCGCUUCUCUCUCCCGGCACCUUUUCUAUUUUAACCUAAUCAAAUUUAUCAUCCUUCUCCGGUUAGCGCGCGUCGUUCCGUGCAUUCCUGCCGGGUCCUGAAGGCACCCCGCCGUCAUCCCGAGCGCCCGCCACGCCUACCUUCCCACACUGGGCGUCCGCAUCCCUCACCCUGCCUUCGUGCCCCGCCCGCGACGCCGUCCUCUCCCGGCACGCAGUGCGCAGGCGCGCCCGGGGAUUGGGAGGGGGGAGGUGGGGGCUCCCGCUACGAGCGGCGUAGUGCGCCUGCGCUGAGGGCCUGCGCGAGCGCACCCCUCCCCCCGCCUCUCCGUGUCGUCUAUAAACUCGCGAGCAUCUCCUCGCGAGAGGUUCGGUUCUUAUGCUCGCUGCGGGGGUCGGAGGUCAGAGCGAGCGUCUUGCCGGCCGCAGGAGGAAGAUGGCGGUAGAAUCGCGCGUCACCCAGGAGGAAAUUAAGAAGGAGCCGGAGAAACCCAUCGACCGGGAGAAGACCUGCCCGCUGCUGCUGCGCGUCUUCACCACCAACAACGGCCGCCACCACCGCAUGGACGAGUUCUCCCGCGGAAACGUGCCGUCCAGCGAGCUGCAGAUCUACACUUGGAUGGAUGCGACCUUGAAAGAAUUGACUAGUUUAGUAAAAGAAGUCUACCCAGAAGCCAGAAAGAAGGGCACACACUUCAAUUUUGCAAUUGUUUUUACGGAUCUUAAGAGGCCUGGCUAUCGAGUGAAGGAGAUCGGCAGCACCAUGUCCGGGAGGAAGGGCACCGACGACUCCAUGACGCUGCAGUCGCAGAAGUUCCAGAUCGGGGACUACCUGGACAUAGCCAUCACGCCUCCCAACCGGGCCCCGCCGGCCUCCGGGCGCAUGAGGCCCUAUUAAACUUGCCUUCCUGUUGCCUGAGUUUAUUUUUCAUGCAGUUGUGUAAAAUAAACGUCCACUUUUUCCUCCCUC